AUGCCCACAUCAUCUGUCGUGUCAUUAAUGAAAACCGAACCGUUGCAAGAAGGGUCAUUAUCUCUGUCCAGCGGACAGAAUCCAGUCAACGGGUCUCACACUGUGACAGUUGAUGGCGGGUCUGAAGCACAAACGUCAGCCAACAACCAAAAAUCGUCCAUUUCUUCGAAUGACGACGACAUUCUUAUGCUAUGUGAAGAAGAAGAAGAAGAUGAUGAUUCAAACAUGAUUCCACCACCACUGUCCAAACUACUUUUCAAUUCGAAUUCGAAAACAAUCGCGAUACCUUUGCAAAAUGGGCUCUCUGAAGAGCUCAAAGGUUUUCUUACCAAAAUAUCUUCCAAAUCCGGAAAACAAAUAAUUCCAAAAAGUAUCAAAGGUGAAUAUGAAGAAUACCUUAAAUUCCAAAGGUUCUCUACCUUCUUGAAAUUCUCCUUAAGACCCACUGGUUCGCCAGAUGGGCAUGUGGUCCUUCGCCCUUUCCUUCCUCAGGUAAUCCAGGACAUCCAUUUUGAAAACUAUAAAAGAGAAUUCCAAGAAUAUUUAGAAGGCUUAAACUUCGCAUUCAAUGACAAUUCAACAUUCUCUCUUAAAUUCCAAUCAGAGAUUAAACAAUUCCACAUCAUCUCUUUGAGGUUACCCAGAGGUAAAGUAAGUCAGGCCAACUAUGUUAUUGAUGCUUUCCUUAAUGAGGGUGACGAAAUAAUUCAUAAAGACGUUCCGUCAGAUGAAUCAAUAGACUCUAGAGUUGACGUCACAGGGUCUUUGUAG